UCACAACCAAAUAUAAUCUUAGCGACUGUUUAAGCAAGAAUCAAAACAUAAUUGUAGCAUAUUAUGAGAACCCCCAAAAGUUAUUUUGUUUAGAAGUAAUAAAAACGUAAAUCUAAGCUAUGUUGAAUGGGCACGGAUGGCGAUGGCUUUCUUACUGCCGCCAAGAGUCACGCGCGUCUGUGAUGAGGUCAGUGUGUCGUGUAUUGGAAAAGGGUCUAUAUAGUCAAUAUGAAUUGUUUUCAUAUUCUAUAACUAAAUUAAAUUGAUUAAAUUUUACAUAUGCUAGUUAGAAAAUACGUUAUUUUCAGCUACUGUAUUGUUGACAGGUGUACAUUCAUUAUUGCUUUUUCCUUAUUAUUGACUAAGGUGCUGUGCCAAACCAUUUGCAAAAUUAUUAUUGCCUUCAGUAGUUAUGGAUGAAGUACAAACCUUUUUAUUCUACACUACCGGUAGUGUAUGUACUGUAGGUGGGUGGGGGGUAAACACCUACAAACAGAACACACAACGAAGGAGAGUACUUCCUGUUAUUUGUUGCCUGUGACAGAGGAUGCAGUUUGAACGCGAUACUGGGGACAUUGACGUCAACACCAAAGGGAAAUUGCGUUAUCUAAUGUCACAGCUCCCCGUAUUGCACAAUACUAAGGAAUGAGUUUCCCUUGAAGUGUGACUCUCACCUCAAUCAAAACAAGAAAAGAUAGUCAAAGAGUUUAUGUUCCUCAGUCAAGUCCAGGCUCUCAGUCAUCAUCAUCCCACUAUGGAACCAGAAGUGUCAAGAGCAGAGAGAUAGGACAUUUCAGAUAUAAUGGGCUUUUCUCAAAUGUUUUACAUCUCUACAACCACUGAUAAUUCAUUGCAUUUUGUCAAAGUCACAGCUGCUUUGUCGUAAUUCACUGGCAGCACAAUUCAGUCCCAUAAAUGUGAAAUAUUGAUGUUAAUGUAUAGUACCUAAAAUAUUAUGUGUAUUGACUCUCUUCACUAAAUCAUUAAUUGAUGAUGUAAUGUAAAUGUUAAAAAUGGCCGCAGGCAUGCAUGCUUUGCUUUUGCAGCAAUUGCCUACGGUAUGUCUUAUGGUGGGAAAAAGCGCUGUAUUUCUGUCAUUGCCACAUGCGGGGACAAUAUAAUGUGUAAAUAGUGUUUGUGCUCUGCAUGUAGAUGCUGACUGUGUGAACGACUGAACGUGCGUGUGUGUGCAUGCGUGUGUGUGUAUGCGUGUGUGUGCGCUAGGAGGGAGGCUCAGGCAGAUGUGUGUUAGCUAAUGCUGUCUGAGAGCAGCUGGGCAGGGCGAAUAGACGAGCAAUAACACAAUGACAUCACCCAGAGUGUGUGUGUGUGAGAGAGAGAGAGAGAGAGAGAGAGAGGGAGAGAGAGAAGGCUGAAGCAGGCCAGCUCAGAUGCAGAGAGGCUGGAGAGUGAAUUGAGCCUGUGGGAGAGGACCAUACAGCACUCACACAACAGGGGAUACAGGAUAUAGAUUUCUUCCCUCUCUACCAUUGCACCUCUCCCCCUCCCCCUUUCCCCUUCCCCUCAUCCUCUGUCAGCCCCUCUCAGCCUCUGCUUCAGGCUGCUCCUCCGGGCAUGCUACUUAAGCCAAAGUAUGGCCGCUUUCGCAACGACUCUGUGACCUCCUCCGACGACCUGAUGCAGAGCUUAGCCAUGAGCGGCAAAGUGGUGGCCACCCCGGUGGUCCUCUCCUCCGCCCCCAGCCUGCCACUGCCCUCCCUGCCUCCUCUGGAGUCCAUCCCCCGGUCCUCUUCCGCAGCCCCUGCUCUGGCCGACUCCCCCUGCCUGGACGGGGAGCAGGACGCCACCACCACUUUCUGCAUGCUCAUCCCCAGGAUGCCUCAGUGGAAGUUCUCCAACUCGCUGCUCAGCAGGAGCCCCUCCAACUCCAGCUCCAGCUCCACCAAGGACUCGGGCAAGGCUGCAGCCCCCUCAUCACAGGGCUCGCACGGCCCCAGUGGCGCUUCUGCCCCCAAUGGUCCCGUGGCCAGUCUGGCCGCUGUCUUUAACUCCUGUGACCCUGUGUGUGUCAACUCCUGUUCCCUACAGGCCAUCAGCAGGCAGAGAUCUGCAGCGGGCUCAGCCAGUCCAGGUGGCCACGGCACAGGGGCUGCAGAGGGCACAGGGAGCCCCGGGGGCCACAGCGGAUCCAGGACGGGGAUGAACCGCAGGACAAGGGUGGAGGGCAUGUGGCUGGGAGGGGAGGACUUCAACCAGAAGGGCAGCUUCAUCCACAAGCCCUCCCAGGGCUGGCUGCACCCAGACAAGAAGAUCACAGGCUCUGGGGCUUCCUACAUAGUCAGGUACAUGGGCUGCAUUGAGGUGUUAAAGUCGAUGCGAUCGCUGGACUUCAACACUCGGACCCAGGUGACGAGGGAGGCCAUCAACAGACUGUGUGAAGCUGUGCCUGGGGGCAAAGGGGCCUGGAGGAGGAAGAACAUUAACAAGGCCCUGCAAUCCAUCAUGGGGAAGAGUAACCUGCGCUUCGCUGGUAUGAGCAUCGCUGUCAACAUCUCUAUAGAGGGCCUCAGUUUGCUCAUCCCCACCACACGACAGGUGAUAGCACACCAUCCCAUGCAGUCCAUCUCCUUUGCCUCUGGGGGAGACACGGACACGCCCGAUUAUGUUGCUUAUGUGGCCAAAGAUCCAGUCAAUCAGAGAGCAUGCCAUAUCCUGGAGUGUUGUGACGGUCUAGCCCAGAAUGUCAUCAGCACCAUCGGGCAGGCCUUCGAACUGCAGUUUAAACAGUACCUCCACAGCCCUCCCAAAGCCAUCCCCUCCAUGGAGAGGAACAUCAGGACAGAAGACUCGGCGUGGGGUGAUGACGAGGACUCCUUGGAGCACGACUACUACAACAGCAUCCCGGGGAAGGUGCCUCCUUUUGGGGGAGUGGUGGACUCAAGGCUGAAGCCUUUUACGGCCUUGCUGGGCCACGUCCACAGCCAACCAGAGAGCAAGGCAGCGCAGAUGGGUUCUCCGGCCAGGAGAGACACAGCUUCCUACCCUUCAGGUCAGCUGUGCUACGAGCUGCACUGGGAUACUGAAAACAAUGGCAGCUCAGGUCUGAUAGCAGAUGGUUACCAGCAGGCAGACGGCCAGCCUCCGGGGAGCAGGGACUAUGAGGAGCACCUAUAUGUGAACACCCAGAGGCUGGAGGGAUUGGAGCAGGGAGCAGAGGGCCACAGGGGGGCCAGGGGGCAAGACAGCCCCAUGAAAGACAUCUUUGACAUGAGACCCUUUGAGGAUGCUCUAAAGAUGCACAAGGCUGGUGGUGUCGGUGGUAACGGUGGGGUGUGUGUGUUGAAGGACCAGUGGCCCAGCCCGCCCCGACGUCGUGCCCCAGUCGCCCCUACAGAGGAGCAGCUCCGGCGAGAGGCCUGGUACCACGGGCGUAUGAGCCGCCGUGAUGCUGAGAAACUGCUGGUUCGAGACGGGGACUUCCUUGUACGAGACAGUGCCACCAACCCAGGCCAGUAUGUCCUGACGGGCAUGCACUGUGGUCUGCCCAAACACCUGCUACUGGUCGACCCAGAGGGAGUGCCCACUCCUCCUCGUCACUGUCAGGUACGCACCAAAGACAUGCUGUUUGAGAGCAUUAGUCACCUGAUCAGCUACCACCUGAAGAACGAGCUGCCCAUCGUGGCGGCCGAGAGCGAGCUGCACCUCAAACAGGUGGUCCGUAGGAAACAGUGACCCAGCCAGCCACAGAAGUGAUGACUCCCUGGAAUGGAGUCAGAGGUGUUCCCUGUAAGCCCCAGGGAGGAAGAUCUUCACUGCCAUAUCCAUAUCCCCAGAAUCAGAGCAUUCACUGGGGUAGGAGGACAGGCGACUCCCUCUGCCCAGGACCCAGGGGCAUGGCUGCAGUACUUGGCUUCCUCCCGCAGUGCCCACAAACUGUCCACCAUUUCCACCUGAACUCUCAGCAUGCAGUCAUUAAGCUAAGCAACACCUGGACGCCUCGGAUUGGGAGGUAACAGCCCAGUCAAUCACAAGGAUGGAAUUCGAGGUCAGAGGUCAUAGAGGAUCAGAUUACAUCAUCACAGUGACAUACAGUAGUUGUUCCAUAGGAAAUCAUUAUUUUUGAGUGCAUGAUGAUGUUGCACCUCAUAAUGAGUCUCAAACUGCUGUAGUCAAUCACAGUCCCAGAAUGAUUUGGGUUCCCUGUGUCUUUCAGUGAACAAAUGUGAACAUUCAUAGACAAAAACAUUGUAUAUGAUAUGUAAGAAAAUCCUGGCAGAAAAAUAUCACUCAAUUGUUUAAUCAAAAUGCAGUUCUUUGCUCCUGAGACAUUGGGAUGCUUUAAUUGACUUUUAUAAACUGUUCAUCUGCAGCAGUAGUACCUGCAACUUCAUGAGAUGUAUUCAUAUGUAAUCUCAGGACCAAAUUCUGCAGGCUUUAAAUAUCUGAUUGCAUGAAUUGAAAUAUGCUUUAGAGAGUACUAACCAGACACAAACCUAGAAAAUGUGUCUGUCCCUCUGUCCCCUCAAUAUCUACAAAACUACAUAACACAAAAUACAUGGGCAGAACUCUGAAUAUCAAUGUGAUUGUUCAAUUAUAACCACAUACUUGUCAAAGUGUUUGUAUCGGACAGUCAUAGCUCAUCAAUGAAUACCUACCCGAGUUGUGUAUUAUCAAGCCUACUGUAUGAAGUUAUCACACUGGUCAGAGCCUGGGCUCUCAGAAGGCAGACUACAUUGCUAUAAAUGACUCAGUGUAUAUAUAAUGAAUAUCUCCUCAGACCCGUAAAAUAGUUCAGUGCCUUAAUUGUCCAUGUGUUUCAUAUCUUUCCUCCCAAAUCGCUUGUACAGUGUGUACUACCACAGCAGAAAUACAGUAGUGUGUACUGGAUGUACGUAUGUAUGUAUGCCCUGAGAACAAAUGACACAUUUUCUUGCCAUGCCAAACCAUACUUUAGUCAAUGGAUGGAGUGGACUGAAAGAAAUCAUCCCUUUUUAUUGUGAAACAUUCUAUAAGCUGCUGAUGUAUGGGGGGGGAUCCUGUGUUGUUAAUGGCAGCAUGUUUGAUCAGUAGAUAGGGGAUCCCCUGGUCUCUGCUGUGUCUCUGUCUCUGUCCAGACACAGGGAAAGAGACAGGACAUGGCUUUCUGUGACGUUAGUAUACUUUAUGCAACUUUUCUAAAAUGACCCCUUUGCUUUCUCAGGACUUUCUUGUAUCUACUCUUCUUUUAACUAAAUGCAUUCUUUUCAAUAAAAUGAAGGUUAUUCAAAUGUG